UCUACAAUCACACAGCUCCUCAGCCGGCCACCCCCUUUUGCAGGGAAGGGAACCAUCAGGAAAAGCCACGUAGCCCCCCAGCUGGUCCAUUUAGGUGGAUUUAUGUGAAAUUCCAGAGAAAGAGGCCUCUGGCUGCCAACAGCAUGGACUUUCUUGAAUUGUGGGUGGUCAGAAUGGGUAUGGGAAGGGGAAUCCUUGCUACUGCACGUUCCAUGCUCGAUGGCGGAUUACUAAACUAAGCCUCUGGACUAUAACGUUCCUGUUCAAGGUCUUCAAGAAAUUCAACAAGGGAAAGACAACACGAAUCGUACAAUAAAAGGUAAUCAUACAAAAGAAGAAUCCCUGUGAAUAUAUUGUUGUGACUUAUUAGACACCAAGAACAAAAACAUGGCUUUGAUGCCCAUAAAAUUUGACUUGGUCAAGCGGGUCAAGCUGGCCCAAGGACUGUGGCUCCUGUACUGGCUCUCUGUCAUGGCUGGGAUCCUCAUCUUCAGCAUGGGGAUCUUCUUCAAGAUCGAGCUGCGUAAGAGAAGCGAGAUAAUGGAUAACAAUGAGAGCCAUUUUGUGCCCAACCUGCUCAUUUUGGUGGGACUUGUGGCCUGUGGUAUCAACGCUUUUGGGGGCAAAGUGUGCCAUGACUCCCUUGACACAAUUAAGUUCACCAAGUGGAAACCUAUGUUGAAGAUCUACAUGAGCGGAUGUGUGGUUUUUUGCAUUGCCCUUUUUGUCACGGCUCUGCUGUGUUUUCUGAUGCAGAUUUCUCUGCAUUUCGCCCUGGCUGAAGGCCUGAAGAAUGGAAUGAAGUACUACAAAGAUACAGACACGCCAGGACGAUGCUUCAUGAAGAGAACCCUAGAUAUGACCCAGAUUGAGUUCCGCUGCUGUGGCAACAACAACUACAGGGACUGGUUUGAGAUCCAGUGGAUUAGCAACCGCUACCUGGACUUUAGCAAUGACGAGAUUAAAGCCCGUGUCCAGAGCAACGUGGAAGGCAAAUACUUGAUUGGAAGCGUUCCCUUCAACUGCUGCAACCCUGGCUCCCCUCGCCCUUGUAUCCAACAUCACCUGACCAACAACUCCGUUCACUACAGCUACGACCACCACAUUGAGGACCUAAACAUCUGGACCAGAGGCUGCCGUGAGGCCCUGGUGUCCUACUAUGGGGGCAUGAUGAACAGUAUUGGUGCUUUUGUGCUGCUGUUCAUUAUUAUGCAGGCUGUCGUGACUGUCGGUUUGCAGUACCUGACCACUUCACUGGAAACCCUGGCAGACCCAGAGAAUCCUGAGAGCGAAAGUGAGGGAUGGCUGCUGGAAAAGAGUGUGAAGGAGACACUUUCUGGCAUCAUGACAAAGCUCAAGUCGCUGUUUAAAGGCAACCAGGUACAGGAGGGAGACGCAGAAGCAGAAGCAGCUCCCACAUAAAGCUGAGAGAGUCAUGCCCCAUCCCACCCCAUCAUGUCUAUGGCCACUUCUACCUUUGGGAGAAAGAAUGCAUGAAAGUUUGUCUCUUAAAAAUAUAGGUGUAUAUGCAUACAUAUAAGAUCAAUACACCUACAUUUUAAUGAGAUUCCAAUUGAUAUGUGAAUGUACACACUACAAUGUAAAUAUGAAUUAAAUUUAAAUUUAAUAUUUUAAGAAUUAAAUAUCUGUAAAUGUCCUGAUAUUAUCAUUUAACCAUAUCAGAUAUUCAGACCAAAUAAGCCUCACUGUCCACUGUCCACGUCUGUAGUAGUAUAAAGUUUGAUCCUUAUAUUUCCAGUUUAUUUAUUGGUUGAGCGGAUGUUUAACCCGACAGCCUCACACAUACAAUAACACAUUUCACCAUCAAACAAUUAGGCGCUAUUAAAUCACUUUUCAGUAAGAAAUUACUUUUUUUGAAGGGGUCACACGGCAGCUUUUAACCGGCAGCUGAGAAAAAUGUGUUUUUGUAAACAUUCAGCCCAGACCUUAAAGGGAUGGAAACAGUGGCACACCUUGCUUUUUACACAACGCUGCCUUUAACAGACCUUAGGUUGUCUGACGAUUUUCAAAAGCAUGUUGAUGGUGAUCUACUGGAGAGCAGAACUCAAUGGGGAAACUAUUCUGUUAACAACAGAAUAUUGUACUCAUCAUGUUCACCAUUAAUGUGUGUAGUUCUCUGGUUAAAUAUCUGCUUCACAAGUUGACGAGAUGUGCAAACAGGCUUUCUGUCUGAACUUCAGUGCUCUGUUGAACUCACAGUUGUGGGACAGUUACAGAAGUUGUCAAGAGUACCGACUUGUAAAAGAUUCUAAUCAGUUGUGUGUGUUUUGUUAAUCUAAGUCAGACAAACCAAUCAGCUGUAUUUUUUUUUUUUUUUUUCACAUAAUUUGUGUGAUUUUUUUUUAUUUUCACAGGCACCUCUCUUUCUGUACAUUUGACCUUGACUUUGCAGUAAUGUCAGUUUUUGUGGAUUGAGUGAAUCAUGUAGGAAACUCUAUUUGUGAGAUAAAGAUGUUUAAGUAGAUUCAGUGUUAUUCUGUUCUUUUUUCACAAUACAUACUCAUAACACACACCUCGCUCUGAACAGACGUGACUCUUUGUUUCUGUUUUUACUGUUACUGUUUUAACUUGGUCUUUAAAAGACUAUGUAAAAGACUUAAAUAUGAGGGGUGAAAGUGGGGUAAGGUAAUAAGAGCUGGUCACAGGUGAAACAUGUUUGGACAGCAGAGGGGCACAGCUUUACCUGAUUGGAUGAAGAGAAGGAAAUGGAUUUCUCUAAAUGAGGCUUUUGCUCAGAACAGCUGAACACCCAUCCUCAGAAUACCUUUGAGCAAAAAACAUGAACAUGAAUGUUUUUCAACAUUAAUAUUUUAGGUUAACGUGUAUAAAGGAAAGUGUAUGGUUAAAAUCAAUCCAUCCAUUCAGGAGUAAUGGACUUAAUUUAAUAUUAAUUAAUACCAAAGUCCCUUUAAGGCAAGUCAUGUCACUCUGCCGCCAUCUUUGA